AAGUCUUUUGUCUGAUUGCAGGAUCUGUGAACCUUCUUAGGAGAGCAAAAGACCUAAACGACUGAAACAAUCAACCACUGCUGCAGGCAACUUGUCAUGGUACUGCAGCACUAGAGUACAAACAAACCAAGAUGAUUGCAAGCAGGGUGAGCCUCAAACUGUGCUGUGGCGCGAUUGGCAGGGCUGUCGGCCACUCGCGCCACGCCUCCUCCGCCGCCGGCGCGCUGCGGCGGGGGGCUCCGGCCACCCACCUCCGCGACAGCUACCUCCACUGCGCGGGCUCGGCGCCCCUGGUGCACACCUCCCUGGGCGACGUCGUGGACCGGGCUGCCAGCGAGUUCGGCUCGCAGGAGGCGCUCGUGUUCGUCCAUCAGGACAUCCGCAGGACGUGGCUCGAGGUCCGGCAGGAGGCCGACCGGCUGGCCAGGGGCUUCCUCUCGCUCGGACUGGAGAAGGGGGACCGGAUCGGCAUCUGGGCGACCAACAUAUACGAGUGGCAGCUGACGCAGUACGCCGCGGCCAAGGCGGGCCUGGUGCUGGUGAACGUGAACCAGGCGUACCAGAGUCGCGAGCUGGAGUACUGUCUGCGGAAGGUGGGCGUCCGGACGCUGGUGGCCGCCGCCGGCUACCGGACGUCCGACUACUACACGAUGCUGACGGAGCUGGUGCCGGCGCUGGCGGACGGAGAGGCCGGCGUGCCGCUGACGGUCCGCUCCGAGCGGCUGCCCGAGCUGCGCGACAUCGUCAUGAUCAGCCCCGAGCGGCGGCGCGGCGUGCUGCGCUUCGACGACCUGCUCGACGCCGGCAUGGAGUCGCUCUCCGGCGAGCUGGAGCGGCGCCAGGCGCAGGUCGACUGUGACGACCCGUGCAGCAUCCAGUUCACCUCGGGCACCACGGGCCUGCCCAAGGGCGCCACGCUGUCGCACCACAACAUGGUGAACAACAUGCACCAGCUGGCGCGCCGGGCAGGUUACGAGCGGGACGGGGUGCGGAUCUGUGUGUCGGUGCCUCUCUACCACUGUUUCGGCUGCGUGGCCGGCUCCGUGCUGGCCCCGCUGCACGGCAACUGCCUGGUCUUCCCGUCGGAGGCGUUCGACGGCGAGGCCUCCAUGCGGGCCACAGAGGACGAGAGGUGCACCCAUAUGUACGGCACUCCCACGAUGUAUGUGGACAUGGUGAACAUCGCCAAGCAGAAGCGCCACGACCUCAGCUCGCUGUACUCGGGCAUCGUGGCCGGCGCGCCGGUGCCCUUCCACCUGAUGCGCUCCAUGAUCGAGGACCUGAACAUGCGUGACGCGGUGGUCGGCUAUGGUCUGACCGAAACCAGCCCGCUGCUGACAGUCGGCUUCCCGUCGGACGACCUGGAGCACCGCUGCGGCACCGUCGGCUUCCCGCUGGACCACUCCGAGGUGAAGGUGGUGGGCGGCGACGGCAGGACGCUGCCGGUCGGCCACUCCGGCGAGCUCUGCAUGCGCGGCUACAACCGCUUCCUCGGCUACUGGGACGACGAGGCGAAGACGCGCGAGUGUGUGAGCGCCGCGGGCUGGUUCCACACUGGCGACGUGGCAACCAUGACCGAGGAUGGCUACGUCAAGAUCGUGGGACGUGCCAAGGACAUGGUGAUCCGUGGAGGGGAAAACAUCUACCCCACGGAGGUGGAGGACUUCCUGAUGACCCACCCGGACAUUCUGGAGGCCUACGCGUUCGGCGUGCCUGAUGACAGGAUGGGCGAGGAGCUGGUGGUCUGGGUCAGAACCAGAGAGCUCGGCUGUCUCUCCGAGCACGACGUCAGGAGCUUCUGCAAGGGCAGGAUCGCACACUACAAGGUCCCGCGCUAUAUCCAGUUCAGGGACGAUUUCCCCAAGACGGUGACAGGGAAGAUUCAGAAGUUUGUCAUGCGCAAUGUCAUGUGCCGUGAGCUAGGGCUGGCAUAGAGGCUUUUCAGUUUGUAAACAACUUUUGGCAAAGCACGUUUCUCUUCAUGCUCCCGCAGCUGUAAAUAAUUAGGUACCUACUAUCACAGUGUCAACAGACUUGUUAUUGCAGCCAAUAUAUGACGUUAUAUUUUUUCAAUGCAGGGUCACGAACUCUUUCAUUCGUGUGUAUUUGCUCAGUAUAUGGACGGUUUUGGGGCAUGUACCUACGGAACACGGACUAGAAAGUGAUAAAUAAACAAAUGAUUGAAUGUA